UGAAUGCUUCAUCUGUCUUACAAAACUUUACAAACUAUCUUAUUUAACUGUCCCAAAAAAAAUUACAACUUCCAUUAAAAGCAAUUAACAUGUGGGUAACAUUAUUCCUUUCUGCUCUAAAUCCAUUACACAAUUUUUAUUCUACUAUUUUAUGUUCAAGUCAACUUUGAUCCCGUUUUAUAGGACAUGAGCGGUAUUAUUCAAGUCCGAACUUAUCUAAUCUAUUUGAGUUUGUCUGAUGUAUUUAAGUAUUAUCUAACUCAGUUUAAAUUCAUGUAAGACCAUGUGAUUUUUCUUUUUGAAACAUAUAAAAACUAAACUAUUGAUGAUGAUUGAUGAUUAGUACUACCUGAAUUAGCUUUCACAUGCAACUGUGCACGUGGAUUAAGAAAACGAGAAUUGUGUCAUGAAGAGUUGUAUAGAGAAUAGAUGAAUAUGUAAGAAAUGUCAUAAAUCAUAAAUUCUUUAAUAGAUAAAAUUAUGUUAAAACGAAGGAGAAGGAAAGUUGGCAUAUGAAGUGCUACCAAAUUCAGUGGGCGUAUGACCUUAUUUGAGAGUGGGACCCACUAAAGCAAAGCGUGUCCACUCGUUAGAAUUGUAAGAGUAUAUAAAAUCUAAGCUAGCUUCAUGCAACCUUCUCAUACACACAAUCACACCAACACCACAAAUAAGAACUCAAACAUAUCCUCAACAGCCCAAACCCAAGCCUUAUUCUUACCAUCUCCAUGAAACAAAAACGUUUGACCACUGCCACUCGUUAUGAUCAUCAUCAAGAAGAACCCCCCAGCAAAGUUAGGGCAACUGCUUACCACUGGGGCAACAGUUAUGACAGCCAAUCCCAUAUGGAGGCUUCCCUCCUAAAGGGCACGGCGGCAGAAGGAGGAGGAGGAGGGUGUGAUGAGCUGGAGGAAGGCGGCCUCCUCCUACGGGAGCCGCCGCUCGCGGAGGAGGAUACCGGAAGGGAGCGGCUGCAGAGGCAUAUUCAUGAGGUGGCCGGGCACGUGUGGAUCCCGGAGAUGUGGGGCCAGGAGGAGUUUCUCAAGGAUUGGAUCGACUCUUGCACUUUUGAUGCUUCCUGGGUGAAUGCCAAUAUCAUCUUAGCUCGUACGGCUUUGGCGGAGACGGCGCGGAGAACGCCGCCGCCGCCGCCUCAUCCCACUCCGGCCAGAUUAAGAAUAGACAGCACUUGCUUUCCUAUUCCGUGAUUAUUAUUACUACUACGUACUAGUACUACAUAUUGUCCCCAGCUCAAAUAAACUUCAACCGUUUGAAUUUUAUUACGGGUUUUCCGAUACAUAGUGUACAAUAUUCAUUCUUUUUUAAAUGCAAAAAAUAAACGUGUAAUAAAGCAAAAGUUUAGUCAAUACGGAGCAUAAAACAAUAUAAUUUGUGAAAAUUUGAUAAAAAGGCAACAACUUUAUC